AUGACAUCAACCUCUUUCUCUCGUUUACUCUCCACCACCGCAUCCAACCCUACUCUCCUCCGCACCGGAUCCCAACACCUCACUCCUUCACUUUCCAACUCACUCACGCGCCUCCUCUUUUCCACCUCCGCGACGCAGCACCACAAAGAGAAUCCUGUUAGCGAACAAUCACAACCACAAUCUCUCCAUAAUGAAAAUCAACAAAUCCAAAAAGAAGAACAACAAGAAGAAGAAGAUGAUGGCGACGAGAUUGAUUUGAACAAAGAAACGGGUGAAGUCGGUGGACCUAAAGGUCCUGAACCCACAAGGUACGGCGAUUGGGAACGUAAUGGUCGUUGCUCUGAUUUUUAA